AUGGCGUCGUCAACGGCGAAUACUACGACAUUCACCCUCCCCAACACCACACCAGGCAUUCCCAUAACCCACCCCUCCACACUCACCAAGGACCAGAUCCUCAAUUUCCCCGCCUUCAAGACCUGGCUGAGCACGCUGCAACGGAGCCUGUCACUCCAGCACAGCUCGACGUCUCACCCGUUCCACGAGUCCCCGUACUCGCUGCGGUCCAUCGAGAUCCAGUCCGUCGACUUCUUCUUCGGCCACCGCCUCGGCUUCCUCAAGCUGAAGGCCACCGUGGCCAAUGACAGGGGCGAGUCGCUGCCCGGCUCGGUGUUUAUGCGCGGCGGGAGUGUGGCCAUGCUGAUCAUCCUGACGCCUUCGCCAUCAUCACCCUCAAGGACGACUUCACAGCAGCGGUCUCGAUCAAGAGAAGAAGAAGAAGAAGACGACGACGACGAAGAGUAUGCGAUCCUAACCAUCCAGCCCCGCAUCCCAGCAGGCUCGCUCAACUUCGCAGAACUGCCCGCCGGCAUGAUCGACGACAGCGGCACGUUCGCUGGCGCGGCGGCCAAGGAGAUCCACGAGGAGACGGGCCUCGAGAUCGCGACGGACGAACUCAUCGAUAUGACGCAACUCGCCGCCACCACCCAGGAGAGUGGGAAGUCGCCGUCGCGGGACGAAGAAGAACAACUGCAGGCCGCCAUCUACCCGUCCCCGGGCGGGUCGGACGAGUUCAUCCCCAUCUUCCUGGCGCGCAAGACCCUCCCGCGCGCGCAGAUCGAGGCGUUGAAGGGCAAAUUGACCGGCUUGCGGGAUCACGGCGAGAAAAUCACGCUCCGGAUCGUCCGGAUCCACGAGGUGUGGAAGGUCGCGUGGAGAGAUGGCAAGACGUUGGCGGCCAUGGCGCUCUACCAGGGUUUAAAGGGCGAGGGAAAGCUGUGA